AUGUCUGUUUGUAUAUUCAGUUUGGUUCAGUCAGAGUUACAUUCUAAUUCAUCUCGCGUAGACAUCCAUUUUGUUCUGAAGCUCGAUGUAGCCCAGCUGGUGAGCGCCUUAGUGUGCAACCGCAAGGUCUUGGGCCCCGUCCCCACUGGUGCACUCCCCCGUGUCACGCUCCCCUCCGACGUGCGCGCUCGGAGUGACCAGGACAAGAUUCUCGGGCGCGCAUGCGCCUCCAUCCCGAACCUCCGUGAGUUCCUACGCUCCACCACCCCGGCCCUGGCCGCUCUCGUCAUCGAUUCCUUCUGCAGCGGCGCCCUUGACGUCGGCGCCGAGCUCGGCAUUCCGACCUACUUCUUCCUCACCACUUGCACCGCCUGCCUCGCCUUCAGUCUCCACAAGCCAGCCAUCGAUGAGCAGCAGCAGAUCGCUCUCAGCUUCCGAGACCUCGCCGGUGUCUUUGUGCGCGCCCCGGGAGUGCCACCGAUUCCGGUAGAUCACCUCCCCGCGUUUCUCCUGGAUCGCGGCAGCUUGAGCAGUAGGUUCUUCCUGGAACUGCCCGAACGGUUGUGCAACUCGCAGGGCCUUAUUGUCAACAGCUGCCGCUACUUGGAGCCGCGCGCCACUGACGCCAUCGUCUCCGGCCUCUGCACGUACCGCGGACGGCAAACGCCACCGUUGUACUGCAUAGGGCCCCUGAUAAGGCCCGAGGAGGCUGGGACCAAGCGCCACGAGUGCCUCGCGUGGCUCGACGGCCAGCCGAAGGCAAGUGUGGUAUUUCUCAGUUUCGGCAGCUUGGGCCGGUUCAGCGCGGAGCAGAUCAAGCAGAUGGCGGCGGGCCUGGAGACGAGCGGGCAACGGUUCUUGUGGGUUGUCCGGCGCCCUACCACAGGUGAUGAGCACCAGCCGGCCGACGACCUCGACGCUCUCUUUCCAGAAGGCUUUCUGUACCGGACGAAGGAGAGGGGACUGGUUGUCAUGUCGUGGGCCCCGCAACGGGAAGUGCUCGCCCACGGCGCGGUGGGCGGGUUCGUGACGCACUGCGGAUGGAACUCGGUGCUUGAGGCGGUCAUGGCGGGCGUGCCGAUGCUGGCGUGGCCUCUGUACGCCGAGCAGCGCAUGAACAAGGUGUUCUUGGUCGAGGAGAUGCAGCUGGCCGUGGCCAUGGAAGGGUAUGUCAAAGAAAUGGUGGAAGCCCGGGAGGUGGCGGCAAAGGUGAGGUGGCUGGUUGACUCCGACGGUGGGCGGGAGCUCCGGCAGCGGACUCUCGCGGCCAUGCGGCAGGCGAAGGAGGCUCUGGACGACGGUGGUGAGUCAAGAACAGCGCUGCUGCACCUUGUGAGAGUGCAAAAACGCCGGCGACAGCUAGUGGAAAUUAUGGAAUCGUCAACUGAAGAAGCCGCUUUCAAAUGUUAUUUCCACCUAAUAAGUGAGCAUGUGCUGACCUCUGAAAUGCUGGAAACAGCAUACCGGUAUCGUGUAUGUGUGUCUGCAUAUUGGAAUCAUUCCAGUUUUAUUGUUCAUGUGUUUUAA